AUGCCCAGCCUAGCCGUUCUGGUAGAUCUCGAGCCUGGCACGAUGGAUUCGGUUCGUGCGGGACCAUUCGGUCAGCUGUUUCGCCCAGAUAACUUUGUCUUUGGACAAUCUGGAGCUGGCAACAACUGGGCGAAAGGUCAUUACACUGAAGGUGCGGAACUGGUUGACAAUGUGCUGGACGUCGUCAGAAAAGAGGCAGAAGGCUGUGAUUGUCUUCAGGGAUUCCAAAUGACACAUUCGUUGGGAGGAGGCACAGGAUCCGGAAUGGGCACACUGCUUAUUUCAAAAAUUCGCGAAGAAUAUCCAGAUAGGAUUAUGAAUACAUUCUCAGUAGUUCCUAGCCCGAAAGUAUCCGAUACGGUCGUAGAACCCUACAACGCCACACUAUCAGUACACCAACUUGUAGAAAACACCGAUGAGACGUUCUGCAUAGACAAUGAGGUGAAAAGUAGUUCUUUGUGAUC